AUGAAUCAGUAUCGUGGUGGUAAAGCCCGUCAGGUUAGUCUCAGACUCAAUCCAAUUGAUUAUGCUCUAAAAUUAGCAGUCAAUUAUGACUUAAUUAUUGUAAUAUCAUCACCAAGAUUUCAUGAUGAUUUUUAUCCAAUAGCAUGUUUGUCUUCAUCUUCAUCAUUUUUCGUUGAUGAUAAAUUACUUCAUAACAAAUUAGAAAGAACUAGCAUAACAUCAAGCACAGCAUCUGGUCAAUUUUUAUGUAUUGAUCAUCAUGCUCAUUGUCAUUCAUUUGUUAAUGAUUUAUAUUUAAUUGUUACAAGUAAUUUUCACUAUCAUCCAUCAAGUUCAUUUAUUGAUCCUUUAUUAUCUAUUGAAUAUUUACGUACACAUCUUGCUUCAGUUUAUAUUUUAAUAACUGGUUCUAUUAAUGAAAUAUUUCGACCUUAUAGUAAUCUUCUUCUUCGUAUUGGUAAUGCACGUUCUCAGGUUAGUGCAGUAAAUUUCGCUUUUGUUGUUUGUCAAUCAAUUGAAAUGGCAAAAUUUAUUGUAGUUGAUCAUGAUAAUAUUUUAAAAAUGGAAAAAAUGUUGAAGAUAAAACAUUGUCCUUUUCCACAUGCAUUUCGACCAACAUAUCCAACAGCUGCUUCACCAUCAAGUUAG